AUGAAACCCCCGUAUGAUAUGACGACAGGUCCAAUAGAAUCCGAUUACGAUAAUUGGAAAUAUGUUAAAUCAAUAUCAAAACCUGGAUUAUCUACAAAGAAACAAUAUUUUGUUUAUUGUUUAGGUUCACAUUUCAAACAUGCAUGGAUUCAACAAGCUUGUCUUUUUCCAUAUAAAGGUUUAGAAGAAUUUAUAAAUUAUACAGAAAAUCGAGCUGAACAAGCAUCAACAAAACGAAGAGAAGAACAAAUACGAAAAAGAUUUAGUGUAAAAAUGUCAGAAGACUUACAUUCUUUAUGGAAAGAUGCAAUCAAAGAAGCUGAUGAAAUUUUAGGUUUACCGAUUAAUUUACGUAUAAGUGUCUUUGAAAAAAUGCUUUAUCCAUUAUUAGCUGAUACUAAAUAUUCAAUACCUCAACAAGGAAAAGACCGAGCAGCAUUGUCUGAUCGUGUUUCCAACUAUAAAUCGAUCAAUGAAGAACAACAAUUGCAAUCAAAAUCAUUUCUUACACCAACAGUAAAUGAAUUAGAUAAUGAUGUUGUUAUUAUUAAAAUAAAUGCACCAACAUCAUCUACUUCUGUAUCACUUACAACUGCUAUUUGUCAUUUUCUAGAUAAAGGUAUUCCAUCAUUAACAAUUUAUGAAGAAAUUAGUCUUGUUAAGGAAUUAAUUAAUCAUCGAUUAGGUACAUUAUUAACAUUAAUCGAUGCUCAAUUAUAUGUUGAACAAUAUGUAAUUAAUACUGCUUUAAUGAAUUAUAAUCAUCGAAUGUUAUUUAUUCAAAGUGAUUUUUUCUAUGAAUUUUUAUUAAAAUAUCCACAAAUUAUUCUUAAACAUCGACAAUGGUUUAAAGAUUUUAAACAAACAUUAAUGCCAAUAAAUAGUGAUAAAAUUGACUUAAAAAAAUGGCAAUUAGCAACAUUAUUACAUGCACAUAUGGAUUUAGAACAAAGUUUUCAUUAG